AUGGAGACAGGUAGAAGAAAAGAUAAUGAACCAGCAGAACAGCCAAACCAGAGGUUCUGGGGUCUCUUUCAGUGCUCUUUCUGCAAUUUUGUUUUUCAAGAUCUUUCUGAACUUCUUCAACACCAAGAAACUCACAAUCAGGAGAAGUUCCAGGGCAUUGGAAAUGAAGUGUCCCGCCCUGAUCCUCAACAACAACCUGUGUUGGAGUGGAGAAGAUACCGCUGUAUAGUGUGCGAUAAGACUUUCUGCAAACAGUCCUCACUGGUUACACACUUACGUAUACAUACUGGUGAAAAACCAUUUUCUUGUCAUGUAUGUAGGAGAAAAUUUAAUCAGCGCACAAGCCUCACUGUCCAUUUACGCACCCAUACAGGGGGAGGCACCAUUUCCUUGCAACAAGUGUAA